AGGCCAAAGAAACCAAAAAAGAGACAGCAGAAGCAGUAAGCUACUAGGAAUGGACAAAACCCGAAUAACAAGCAAACUUUAUGAGGCCAAUGUACUGCAAUCCAUGUGCUAAAAGUGAUUUUUUUUAAAAUGGAAAGAAAGCAAGAAAAUGCGGCCCGCUCCUGAUCCAAAACACAUCCUUUCAAUCUAAAUCUCUACUUUUUUCCAGUUUCUAUUAUUUUGUGAUUUAAGGGUCCAAAUUACAGCUCUGAAGCUCUGCAGAAGCACGUCUUCUUGCUUAAACACCGCUACCAUGUGGGUUAUUUUAACCCUGACAUCUGAGAAUUACUGACUGAAGAAUGUCACUGCCACUCUCAAACUUUCUCUCUUUUUCAAAAAUCAACAAUGAUGAAGGAAUCUCAGGUUAGUUUUUCAAUAUAACUUGACAAACCCCAUUUGAGAAUUCCAUCUUCAACUCCUGAAUUGCUCAAAAAAUUCGGAUGGGAAUCACUGGAGAGCUGAUGAGAAGUGUCUUCUCUAGAAACAAGUCCGGCAAUGGAAGAAGCAAUGUGGUGGAUAAGAGAAGAAGGGGAACCGUCAGAUCAUACCUCUGUGGGGAAGAGUUUUAUUCAGUCGUGGCAGAGGAGCAUUCAGCUUCUGUGCAGAGCUCGGAAGCCACCGUGACACAACCUUUAUCAGAACCCUUAAUGGAGAAGGGAGAUAUUCAGAGUGAAGCAAGCCAGCAAAAUAUACCAAAGGGAAAACAAGGCUCAAUUUCCGACCUUUAUCACGAAGAAGAUGCAGCUAUUGUUAUUCAAUCAGCCUUUAGACGCUUUCUGACAAAAUGUAGAAAUAUUGAAGAAAUCAAAUCAAAGGAUGGAAAUAAAGAACCUUUUGUUGAAGGAACAGGGAUUCCAAGCAGAGGGUCUUUGGCGACAUCAAUUGAAGUUCAAACUGGUAACUCCGUGGAGGUGUUGAGCAUAGCUGUAAAACACCGACUGCAAACGAAACCCAGAACCCAGAUUUCAAAGAUAAAGGAAGACUGGGAUGAUAGCACAGUUAGUAGCAAUGUAUCACAAAUGAGGAUUCAGAACAGAUUGGAAGCCAUGACCAGGCGUGAGAGAGCCUUGGCUUAUGCUUUUGCACAACAGCUAAGAAUCUGUUCAAAGAGGAAACAAUCAAGAGCUGAUGGUGAACACAAUAUGAGUUGGAGCUGGCUAGAGAGGUGGAUGGCAACCCGAAUCCCAGAAAGCACCGUAGUUGAAAAUAGCAACCAGAGAGUUGUUAUACAAAAAAGAGUAACGGAUUUUGCAGGGGAAGAAAAGGAGAGUUGAGGAUCUAAUGAGGUACCUGUGCACCAAUUUGAUUGCUUAUCAGUGAGUGAAAGUAGUGAAAAGGAUGGGCACAGGCCAUCAAUGAACAGUCUGAAGACAGCAAAAAAUAUUUCAAGACGGAAAACUGUUCCAAGCUACCAACUGCCUAAGAAGUGUGCCAAGGGGAGCAAGAACGAUACUUCAAGAGAAAGCGAAAAGGGUAAAAAUAAUAACAGGAGGCCACCUGGAGGGAAGAAAUAGAAAUCGAGGGGCCAGAUGCUUCAACUCAACAAUCACCCAAUCACUUGAUCAGAUCUGGCUGAAGAAAAAAAGUUUCAUUAGGGUCCUCGGAUUUUUUGGGCUUCAAUAUAUAGAAUCCCCUUGUAAUUAUAAAUGCUCUUACUGCUA